GCCAUGACAACGAGUCCGCGCCCAGCGCACAGCUGCUGCUCGGGCGGGACCCAGGCUGGACCGCGGGCCCCGGCCUGGGGGCCACAGCUGCCACCGCCGCCGCCACCUCGUCUCCUCCCUGUCCCCGCCCCGCCCUGCGUCUCCUCGCCUCCCUCGGGCCCGCGGUCGGGGUCCCUCCCCGCCGCCCCACCCUGCGCGGAUGCCGAAGGUGAAGGCGCUGCAAUGCGCCCUGGCGCUGGAGAUCCGCUCUGUAACUUGCCCAGGAGUGGUGCUGAAAGACAAGGAGGACAUCUAUCUUAGCAUCUGUGUGUUUGGCCAAUACAAGAAGACACAAUGUGUCCCAGCCAAUUUCCCACUGGUCUUCAAUGCCAGAAUGGUGUUUGAAAAGGUGUUCCCUGAAGCAGUAGACCCUGGAGAUGUGGUUGCACAGCUUGAAUAUGAUACAGCAUUGUUUGAGUUGAUUCAGCUUGUUCCACCAGUGGGUGAAACACUGUCUACGUAUGAUGAGAAUACACGAGAUUUCAUGUUCCCGGGUCCAAAUCAAAUUUCUGGACACCAUGAUUCAAACCGCCAGGUUACCAUGAGGAGGAUUUCUGGCCUUCGAGGAAUUGCUCCAAAGCUGGAAUUUUCUACAACCUCAGUGAUUACUGAAUGUCUGAUAAGUUCAAGGAAGUGCCGCACUCAGGAUAAAUUUAUUUACCAUACGGCUCCAGUUGAAAAAUCACACGGCAGACUGCAAAGCAGAACGUCAAGAUCACAAAAGAAGAAAUCCAAGUCACCUGAGAGAAAUAAAUACUGCAUAAAUGCAAAAAAUUACGAACAGCCUACAAUUUCUUCAAAAUCACACUCUCCAUCUCCCUACACAAAAAGACGAAUGUGUGAGCUAUCUGAAGACACUCGGCGGCGGCUGGCCCAUUUAAAUCUCGGACCCUAUGAAUUCAAAAAAGAAACGGAUAAACCUCCAUUUGUGAUUAGACAUGUCGAUCCCCCAAGUCCCAGGGCUGAUGCUUUAUUUGGAUCAUCUGGCAGAGACUGUGAAAGAGAUGGAUGGUCCAGGCUGCACAAUGAUCAUUCUCAUCUUGGCUGCUACCGACCCAAGGAUUAUAAGGUUAUCAGAACACCUCAUGGGAGAGACUUCGAUGACUCUUUGGAAAGGUGUGAUGAAUAUUUGAGCUCAAGGUCAUGUAGCAAGCCCCAGCAUUCAGCCAGGACCUUACUUGUUCAUUCAGCACCCUCAACGGUGCCGAAGCAUUCUCCAAGCCCUGUGUUAAAUCGAGCUUCUCUCAGGGAAAGAUUCCAUUCUGAUUGGUGUUCACCUUCAAACUGCGAUGAGAUCCAUGACCGGGUAAAAAAUGUCUUGAAAUCACAUCAGGCUCAUCAAAGACAUUUAUAUGAUGAGAGAGACCCAGAGAAAGAAGAUGAACUGGAACUGAAAAGAGGGCUUUUAUAUAGAGACUCGGCCUAUGAGAGUGACCCGGAGUAUUGCUCUUUUCAGCGGCCACGUGGCACUCUCCAUUUGGAUGAUGGCGAAUACUGGUCCAACAGGGCAGCCUCUUAUAAAGGAAAGUCCCACCGACCCAUCUUUGAGAACAGUAUGGACAAGAUGUACAGGAACUUAUACAAAAAGGCCUGUAGUUCUGUUUCUCAUACACAGGAAAGCUUCUGAGACCAGCCUCGAUAAACUGUAUGAGUGUCCUUGUCAACUUCUCAAUGAAAACGUUUGAUGUGAUCAAUAUCUGUAUUCCUUUUUUUUAAACAGAUGGUUCUAAUUUGAGUACAGUAGUUAGACUUGGAUAAGUUUAUUACGUCAAAUGGUAAAUUAUCACGGGCAAACCUUUUUUUUCCCAAUCAUGGAAAAGAGUGCUGUAUUCUAAAAGUCAGAGCUCUGCAACACAGUCACAACUGCCAAUCUGACAAUGAGAAGGCUAUUCCGGCACAUCUGUCUCAUGUCACCAGCUGCAAAUCUAAGAACAGAUUCUCACUAGAAAUGUUCUUCUGCCUUAAUCACCUUGUAAUUUGCUUUUCAUCUACUUGACUCAUUAUCUUGUCUGACUAAGAUGCAAUUAUUAUUUAUUAACUCCCUUUUCUUGGUGAUGAGCAAAAAGAUAUACUGUACAAAGAUGAAUUUCCCAAGAGUUAAACCCUGUUUUAACUAGUGUUUUCUACAUUUUGUUCCCUCAGAAAAGACUAGACUAUUGAUACUUCUUAGCUCAUAAGAUAUAGCCUUUUUAUAGUUUAUAUAAUCAUUCACUCCUUCUUCUCUAAAAGAACUACCUAAGUUACCUAAAAAAUCAGUUAGCUAGAAAUAGCAGUGGCUAUGUGUGACCCAAAAUGUGAAUAACUGAUUUUUAAAGAUUGAAUUCUUUGUAUGAUUAUCUUCUAGAGCCAUAUCUUUUGGUGCAACCAGAAGCAGAAAAUAGCCUUUGUUAAUAAGCAUGUAGAAACUCAGAAAGAGUAAAGGACUAAUGUUGUAAUUUAACCUCUUUAGAGGUUUCAUAGGUAUCAAAUAGCCCAAAAAAAGUAGCUUCCUUACUUUAAAGGACACUUGGAACCAUAAAGGGGAGUAGAAUAUUAGGGUAUAACUCUUUGUACUGGAAAGUUUGUUGGUUGGUAAAAUUAGCUCCUCCUCCACCCCCCAAACACACACCUGUGAGGCAAGUGAUGCUUUGAAGAUACGAAGAAAUCAGUUACCUUACAUAGUUACCAGAGAGUGAGUGGAGGAAGUGCAGAGAGUAGGAGAUAGUGAAUUUAAACUUGAAAAUUUGACUACAAGGUAAUGUUUUCUCAUUGACUCCGUCUUUGGUUAACUUUACAGUUGUAAUUUUAAAAGAAAAAAAUUUGAGUUGAGGGCUAUUUAAAUUGGAAUUAACAUGUAAGAUUGGGUGAUUUAUUUUUACAGUAGGAGAAGAUAUAUAAUACUUGUUAUUUAAUAAUAAGACUUUAAAACUUCAUGUUAAGAGUGUUUUGUCUGCGGCUAUCUGCAAUAUAUUGGAAAGCACAUCAGAGAUAGGAGCCCGGCGUCCUGGGCUUUAGUUCUCUGGUCCUGAGUCACCUCCGCUGUCAUGAAGAGAAUGGAGUGGAUCAGCACUUCCUGAGCCGUGUCUGCAGACCGCUGUCCCAGGAGAUGGCUUUAGGAUGUAGAUACAAGUAUUUCAUUGGUCAUACAAGCUUAAGAACAUCUGUGCACUAUAUUCAUGCCCCCCAAACUUAGAAGGUCAUGAGUGCGAUGAUAGGAGUGAAAGGGGGUGCUACUGAUGCUGAAACAACAGUUGUAAACUGGAGCUGCCCAGGCAAACUGGGAAAUACGGUCGUCUUAGUCAUAGUAAACACUGCACGUUAGAGGCUCUGAGAAAUCCUGGCAUAAACCUGUUUUGCUCUAGCAUCUGGGAGCGAGUCUGACACAUAGCUGGUGCUCAUUAAAUGUUUAUUAAAUUAACCCAGAUUUUCCAAACUAAAUUGAGCACGAAACAAUAUUUAUUGUUAUGGUUAUCUUUCCCUUCCCUUUCUGCCACCCCAGACCCCUGUACUGACUCUCAAAUGCCGUCUGCAGGUACACACGGACACAGUUGGGGAAAUACUAGACCACACCAUCACUGAGUUACCCUCCAGCUAUAAGUCAUAUGAUAAUGUUUUGUCUAAGCUUUUGAAGGUCAACACUGAAUACUAUUUUAUUUUUAAUCAUAUGUUCAAUGAAGCUUAGUAUGUUUUUUUCCCCUUUUGGUGGAAACAAAUGAAAACUUCCUCCAUUUAAAAGUUGCUUCUUGGUGGAAAGAACAAAUAUGAACUUUAAAGAAAAUGUUUGCUACCACAGAAAAUCUCCUGAGUGAGUAAGGAGCACAAAAAUUACUUAUUGCUCCUGUGUCUGUCAUCAGUGUGACAAAGGCCACAAAACAUGGGACUCAAAUGGGAAAUUUAGAAAAUGAUACUCUGGAAUACAGUUUCCUACAGAUUAAAUUUGACAUCUCUCUGAAGGACCAGAUACAAAUUUCCACACAUGUAGCCUCUUUGCUAAGUGUCUAUUUCCAUUCCCUAUGGAAAGGAGUGGUUUUUGUUGCUAUUCCUAACCAUGACCAUGAAUUUUUAUGUUGUAUUAUCUUACAAGAGUAAAACCUUUAAAUACUAAUCGUUGCCUUUUCUCAUUGAAAGAAGCAGAAAUUUUAAUAUUCCGUACAAUCAGGUAGCAUUUAUUAGACUUUAGUAGACUUAAUAUGAAAGAUAAAUAGGUUUUUCUUCUUUUUAAUGUAAUUUUCCUUUAAAUUAAAAAAAAAAGCACCCUAGGAAUUUUAGGAAGGAAAAUGUUAACUCAACUAAGAAAAAAGAGGAAUCAAUGGACUGAGAGUGAGUCUUCCCUGGUUUUACUACUAGUUACAUAACUUGUAUGAUGUAAGAAUGCAAGAAUGGGGAUAGGACAUUCUAGCUUGAUGCAACAGAACUCGCAAAAGCAUGAAAAUGGGAGAGAGAUUGUUCAGGGAACUCCAAGUGCUUUAGCUGGAGAUGGUGUGCAAGGUUGCAAAUGCUUUGAUGGGGUAUGAUGAGUUCAGUAAAAGGACCACAAAGAGAGCAGCAGGCCUGGAGCAGCGUUAGAAGAGGUAACCUUUGAGCUGGACACUGAAAGAGGGGAAGGACUUUUGAGAACAGGAAACCAAGAUGCAAUAAACUAAAUAUUGAUUAGCUUUUACAAGGGUGGAGGUGUGAUCGAGGAAAAUGUCCAGUAAUCAGUUAAAAAUAAAGAUCUAGAACUUGGCACAGCUCAAGAAUAGAAAUGAAUUUUAAAGUCAAAUAAAAAUAAUGAAGUCAGAUCAAAAUAAAUGAAAGCUCUAUGUUGUUCUUGUCCUAGUUUAUAUGUGACCAUAAUAAGCACCUUGAAAAGUAGUGAACCCCAAGCAUUUGCGCUUUUUACUUAUUAUUAAGGCCCUGCGGAUAGCAAGUUAGUUUGAGGGCCAGCUUUUUAGAAAUUGAGGAAGAUAUUCUCACAAUCCCAGAUUUUCUAACUAGCUAGAAAUUUAUGUACAAAAUGAAGAGGUAAGAGGAAAAACCCAACUUGGAGUUAUUGAUUUGUGAGAGUAUCUCUGAUUGAUAAACUUCGAGUUUAAUUGCAUGAAGUUCCUUAGACAACCAGAACCUGUGACUAUUCCUUCAUUUAACAAAUAUUGUUGAAGGUCUACUCUGUUCCAGACAAACUGCAAGGCACUGACUGACAUCAGAGAUAAACAAAAACCCAGUUCCUGACCCGAGUUUGCUGGGGGAGACUGACAUUUAUUUAUUCCAGUGAAAGUGUGCUAUAAUAGAUGAUAGAAAUGCUAUAAGGACAAAAAGUCCUAAUUAAUUAUUCUUAGAGACGUCAUACGCUUCACAGAGGGAUGAUAAUUGAAAUUGAUGUCCUAUCUAGCUGACCUAGAUAGCAUAAGCCUUAGAAAAUGACUUACCAGGAUUUGUGAAGUAGGAGGGAAAUCACCCAACAGACAGAUAGGAGUUUAGAUACUGUCACACCUACCUUUUUCUCUAAAGGUUAAUAAAGUUAAUUAAGAAUCCUUUAUUCUCAAAAAAAAAAAAAAAAGAAUCCUUUAUUCUCUUUACCAAAAGUGAGGAGGAAGGAUAUAUUUUAAGGUAUUUUAAGAUAUUCAAGAAAGUGCAUUUUGCUAUAUUUCUAUAGAUCACCUCCACAAAAGUACUGAUCAUGAGUUAGUGAGAUAAAUCAGGGUUCCUGAACGUGAGGAACUUAACAAUUGAUGGAGGGUCAGACAAGAAAACAGAGUAUAAUAUCUGUGGGUUUCCUCAUUUUUACUGUAUUAUGCUCUGUGUAGGCUCUUCUAGUGCCUGUGCUCUUCGCCUUUGUAUCCCCAGCGCCACAAUCUGGGUGUAUCUUUAUUAUAGCACCUAACAAGCUGAAUUAUCAAUGGCUUCUUAUGUGUCUUUUUCUACUGUCACAUACCGUGAGCCUGCAUGGGCCCCUCUUGCUCCAGCCCUGCUCUCCUCUGGGACAAGGUGCUGGUGCUGGGAGUAGGGAGAGCUCACACUUAAAGGGAAUAGAGCCAGCUUGGACCUGACCCUCAGGGAUUUUACUCUAGCACCUUGGGAUCUGCCCCUGCCCCCAGUAGGGUGGUGAUGGCCACUGAACAGAGGGGAAGCCCUGGCUUACACCACCCCAGCUCCUCCUCCUCCAGCCCCACCUCCUACCAAGGUGAUAGCUCCUAGCCCACCUUGGGGAAAGAUGUGACUUGUAUUCAUGACAAAUCCAGCUCUUGCACCAGAACCACUGGGCAUACCACAUAGCUGGAGGUAUCCUGCGUUCUGAUUUCAAACUAUUAUGACAAAACUACAGUAAUCAAAGUAGCAUGGUGCUGGCCCAAAAGCAGACACAUAGAUCAAUAGAACAGAGCAGAGAGACCAGAAAUAAACCCACACACAUAUAGUCAAUUAAUCUAUGACAAAGGAGGCAAGAAUAUAUAAUGGAGAAAAGACAGUCUGUCCAAUAAGUGGUGCUGGGAAAACAGGACAGCUGCAUGUCAAAGAAUGAGAUUAAAACAUUUCCUCAUACCAUAUACAAAAACAAACUCAAAAUGGAUUAAAGACCUAAAUAUAAGACCUGAAAUCAUAAAACUACUGGAAGAGAACAUAGGCAGAACACUUUUUGACAUAAAUCAUAGCAAUAUUUUUUUGGAUCUGUCUCCUAAAGCAAAAGAAAUAAAAGCAAAAAUAAAUAAACAGGAUGUAAUUAAACUUAAGAUGUUUUUCGCAGCAAAGGAAACCAUAAACAAAACGAAAAGACAAUCUACUGAAUGGGAGAAAAUAUUUGCAAGUGAUAUGACUGAUAAGGGGAUGAUAUCCAAAAUAUAUAUAAACAACUCAUACAGCUCAAUAUAAAGAAGAAGACAUACAGAUAGCUAACAGCAUAUGAAAAGACACUCAACAUGGCUAAUCAUUUCAGAAAUGCAAAUCAAAACCAUGAUAAGACAUCACCUUGCCCCAGUCAGAUGACUAUUAUCAAAAAGUGUAUCAAUAACAACUAUUGGCAAGGAUGUGGAGAAAAGGGAAUCUUUGUACACUGUUAAUGGGAAUGUAAAUUGGUGCAACCAUUAUAGAAGUUUUCUGUUACUGUUGUAUGGAGAUACCUCAAAAAACUAAAAAUAGAGCUAUCAUAUGAUUCAGCAAUUUCAUUCCUGGGUGUAUAUCUGAAGAAAAUCAAAACACUAAUUUGAAAAGAUACAUGCAACUCAAUAUUCCUAGCAGCAUUCUUUACAACUGCCAAGAUACGAAAGCAACCUAAGUGUCCAUUUAUCAACAGAUAAAUGGAUAAAGAUGAUGUGAUGCAUAUAUAUACAUACAUACAUACACACAAUGGAAUAUUACUCAGCCAUAAAAAGAAUUAAAUUCUGCCAUUUGCAACAGUAUGGUUGGACCUGGAGGGUAUUAUGCUUAGUGAAAUAGACAGAGAAAGACAAAUAUAUUAUCAUUUAUAUGUGGAAUCGAAAAUAAAAUGAAUGUAUAUAGCAAAACAUAUAGAGAACAAACUAGUGGUUACUGGGGUUGGGGGGGAUGCAAAACAGGGGUAGAGGAUUAAGAGACACAAACUACUAUGUAUAAAAUAGAUAAGCAAUAAGGGUAUAUUGUACAGCACAGGGAAAUAUAGCUAUUAUUUUGUAAUAACUUUAAACGGAGUAUAAUCUAUAAAAAUACUGAAUCACUAUGUUGUACACCUGAAACUAAUAGAAUAUUAAAAAUCAAUUAUACUUAAAUAAAUAGACGAAAGUUCACUGCUGUUUAAAAAAAUAGUACUCAUGUUAAGAAAUAUAUAUCAUUAUAUAUGACGAUCUGCCUUUUGUCUGUUACUUGGUUAAUCAGCUAAAACAUUUAGUGUUCAGGUGACUAGGGCCAGCAAUAAAACUGCUACUGCAAGGGGUGAUAAGUGUAGGGUUAGGCAAUGGUCCAAGGAAGCAAUUGCCCGCAGUUGUUUUGCCACCUUAUAUUCCUAUGGAGUUGAAAUCCCUUCUAUGAAAUGCAAAUUCCUUGAUUCUCAUGACAAGCCUUAAAUACCUUCUUUCUUUUGUCAUUCACAAAGCAGUGCAUUUUUCACUGAAGUAUUGGAUAAUUCUCCAGCUUCUUGCCUUUGAAUGUAACCAAUCUACUCUAACUAGAAACUAUGGGUCUCUUGAUUAAUUAAAAAUUAGUAGAAUGAGUAAGGUAUUUAUGUGAAUAUUUAAGCAAAACUGUCUCGAUAUGCAGUCUUUUUAUCUAUUUUACUAAUAUAUUAUAUCCCAGUAUGUUGCAUUCAAGCUAUGCUCAUUCAAGUAAUGAGUCUGAUGGAAGAGAAUGCAUUCUGCUCUAAUUUGUAUAGUAUAUGUAUAUUUGCAGGUACUCUUGGGGAGUUGUGGGUGGCUUCUGUUUUUCACUCCCCAUUCCCACCUUGGUGACAUUAUUAAAGACAAGGGAAUUUAAGUAAUAUUUAUUAAGGACCACAUUCUGUAUUGCUGAUUUAUAUACAUUGUCUUAUUUGACCUUCACAACUCUGUCAACUAUGGUAGGUACAAGUAAUUUCAGUUUUACAGACUAAGUAACUAAGAAUCAAAAUGUUUUGAUUGGCUGGUGAUAAACACAGCCAGUAAAUGUUAAAUCUUGGAUUUGACCCAACUCUGCCUCUCAACUAGGUACGUUAUUAAAAAACUCAGCUUGUUACAGUUCAUAAGUGUUUAAAUGGUGGAGCCAGUAUCUCUUUAGAGAGAACCUCAGUGGAUUACAAUGCAAAUUGAACUCAGAUUAAUGCAGUAAAACCUAGGGCAAAUUUCCUGUAUCCAAACACUAAAAAUAAAUGAAGAGGUCAUCUCAUGAGCUAAAAUAGAAGUUGGUGAAAGUGUAUAAAAGUAGUACCACUGAAAAUCUAUUUGUACGGACUUUCUGUGGAGCACUACUCAUCCUCUGAUUGAGCAACUGCACAUUCAAGCUACAUUUCUUUUUUUUUAAAACAGCUUCAUUGAAGUAUAAUUGAUAUACAAAGGGCUGCACGUAUGUAAUACGUACAGUUGAUGAGUUUCACCAUAUGCACACAGCCAUGAUACCAUCACCACAAUCAAGGAAAUGGAUGUAUCCAACACCUUCCAGAGUUCCCUUAGGACCCCUUUUUUUGAUUUGUUAGUUAUAGGCACCAUGCUGUACAGUAGUUCUCUAGGGCUUACUCAUCGUGUAUCACUGAAAUUUUGUUGUUUGUUGUUAUUAACAAAAAGGCUACUAACUCCUUACCAGAUUUGUAAAUACUUUCUCCCAUUCCAUUGGUUGUCUUUUCUUCCUGCUGAUUGUUUCCUUGACUGUGCAGAAACUUUUCUACUUGGUGUGGUUCCACUAUGAAUUAUUCACUGCCCAGGAAAGUAGCCUAGUGGCUAAAUACACAGCCUCUGGAAUCACACUGCUAAAUUCCAAUCCCUCUUCAACCACUUAGUAACUGUGUGAUCUUAGACAAAUUACCUGAUUUCUUUGCGUCUCAGUUUUCUCAUCUGUAAAAUGAAGAUGAUAUUACCAAUCCCAUGGGGUCACUGUGAAGAUUAAAUGAGUUAACGAAAAGCGCUUAAAACAGUGCCUAGCACAUGGUAAGGACACUAUAAAUGGUAUUACUAUUGUCGUCUUGCUGAAUGUUACCUAUAGGACUUAACUGAAAUAUGUAUGUUUUCUGAAACAACUAUUUAGUAUAGAGCCCUUUCCCCCUGUUUAGAAUACUAAUCUGUUGCUAAAUAAAACAUUAUAUUUAAAAGAAAUCUACCACCCAACAAGGACAUGUUAAAAAUGUUUCUCAUUUUCCUGAAGGAUAGGAAAGGCAUGCUAUCCUGACUCUCCUUUGUGGCCCAGCAAUUAUUUACUUAUGAUACAUUCCCACAGCUAUGCUGCAUAAAGAAUGUGUUUUGGCACAGGAACUGCAUAAUUUGGAAAGGUUUUUAUGAUGAUCUUAAACAAAAACAGUUAAACUAAUUUCAGUUCCACUGGAAACCUGGAGUGGGGGGGAUUUUUUUUGCCAAAUGAGAGAAAAGAUGCCAGCUUUUGAAUUAAAAAGUAUUUUCAAAUGUUUAUGUUGGGGAAAUGGAAGAAAAAGGACAUUUUACUUCAGUGAAUUUUUAUCUACCAAACAUUAAAAGCCUUGGAAAAACCAUUUCCACUAAACUUUUAUGAUAAAUAAUAGCUUCUAUUUUAUAUAGUCCAUUACCGUUUUCAAGCAUUUUUAUAUAAGUUAUUUUAUUGGAUGUCUCCAUAACACAUUUGUGAAUUAUGUAGGGCAGGGGUUAUAAUCUACAUUUUCACAAAUGAGAAAACUCAGAUUUGGGUUAAGUGUCUCUUGCAGGUUACACAGUGUGGGUAGAAGUGGCUGAACGAGGGCUUAAACCCAGAUACUAGUAUUUUCUCACAAAUACCCUGUAGAAUGUUUGCCUGUUAUUGCUUGGCUUUCCUUAAGUAUUGGAUUUUAAGAGAUGAUACUUGAUUCUCAGUGACCGAUCACUUCUAUAUUUGGAGGAGUGGAAAUAAGGGUUAAUGAGGUGUGUUUGGAGACAGCAAGCUGAUCACUUGGCUGGAGCUAGAGUUUCCUGUAGGGAAAGAGCAUUGACCAUAAAUAAAUACGGCUUCAAAAUGAAACCUUCAGAAAGCCUUGUAAGAAAGGCUGUUUCCAAAUUUACUUUCGAUCUAUCUUAAAGAUCUCACAUAAAACCCAAACCUCAACUGAACUUUAAAAAAUAAAUAUUUUGUAAUAGAAGAGUAUUUCCUAUGCAUUAAGAUACUUUCAAAUGCUGGAGUCAUUGCCAGAGAUUUUCCAGCUUAAACUCAUGCUGUUUAAAUGCAUUGGAAAGAGCAUUCGCUAGCCUUUUAUGUUUAGUUUAGGCCUUUUUUUUUUCCAAGGAAAAAAUAAGAAAGGUUAGCCAUUGGCCCCAUGUACACAAAGAGCAUAACUGUCACAUCUUCACCUGCUAGUUACCUGUGUUUCAGUCAUUGUCUGCCCAUAGCCAGUGAACCUUAGGGACAAUUCCUUCUUGUCUUGGACCAAGAAUGUAACUAUAUAGAUAAGGUCCACAACUCAGGCAACAAAGAUGAAUGUAAAAACAUUUUCUGAUAAACUUAGAAUCAUCAUCAUUAUUUUGAAUCAGGUUUUCUAGGUAUAUAUGUCAGCUUUAAUUGGACUUUUCAAAUGUUAAUUAUUUUCUGCUUAUAAAAAACAAUACUGCAUAAAAGUUGGAAGAUUUAUAAAGUAUUCAUAUGAAAGUAAAACCUUGAGAUAACUUGUAAUAUUUUUGUAUAUUUUAUGGCGAUAUUCUAUGCAUUUCUACAAAGUUAGUGUUUCUUUUAAUAAAUUUUGUAUCUUACUACUUUAAUGGAAAUGUGUAUGCAUUUCUUCAUUUUUCUAAAAUGAUGUAUAAGUGUAUUUUAAUGGUUACCUAAUAUUGCAUUGAUGUAUUGUGAAGUGAUUUAAUCGUUCCUCUGUGGUUGGACAUUCAGGUUGUUUCCUAGCUGUGUGUGUCUAUUCUAUAUUUAAGCUGAGGAGAAACGUGUUUGCACCAGAGGGAGGUUGUAUGAUCUGCUUACGCACUGGGCAAGCAGAGAAUAGAUGGCAGAAGGAUUGCUCUUCCUUCCUUCCUUGUUUGUUUGUACUAGGAUUCUCUAUUGUUUACAUACAUUUUAGCCUCUGUCUCAUUUUCAGAAGCUUUAUUUUUCUCACUUACUUUUUGGUUUGGGUAAGGCUUAAAUAUAAAAUCCAUCUGUGAAGCAUAUUGUCUGUUCACAUUGAAGGCUAAAAACUGAUUUUUAAUUAAAACUUUAUUCAGCA